CAGGGAAAAUGAAUCAAGGUAAAUAACCAUCACUUUAUAACUAAAUUGCAAAAAAGAAAAGUACUUACGUUGUUAUUUUAUUUAAGAGAUAUUAGAAAAACAAAUCAGCGAUUUGACAAAAGAAUUAGAAGCUAACAAUAAAGAUGACAAAGUUACAGCUAGUAUCUUAUUAAAAAGAGCACAGACUUAUGAAUCGUUACAACAAAUUGAAAAGGCAAUAGAAGAUGUGCAAAUAGCUAUUAAGCGACACGAAAGUGUACAACAACAAGGCAAGGAAUUGCUCAUUCGACUUAAUAUGCUUAGACAACAAUCUACAUCUACAAAAGUGGAUGAGACUGAAAAGGAUUCACGCAUCAUCUCAUUUCAAAAAUAUCUUACAGAACUUGAAACUCUCAAGGAUACAACAACUCAUAUUCGAGCCUUUGUGGGUUCAAAUGAUUUUGUACAGGUCUUAACAGCUUGUGGUACCCCUGAUACACCACCUCGUGUUAAAAGUCUCGCUUUUAUGAUCUUAACUCGACUUCUUAAUCCUUCUAAUGCUACUGAUUAUCCAAUGACGUAUAUCAUUGAACAAUGUGCUGCCUGUUUUUCGCACUGUAUUGAUAAGGGUAAAAAUGAUACCAAGCUACUUGCCUAUCAUACUUUAAAUGCUAUCUUUCAGACCAAUAUGACAGUUGGAUCCGCCAUCUUGUGUCAAGAAGGUUGUCUAGAAGAAAUUAUGGAUGUGAUUGAUUUCGAAAUAUUACCUGUUCAAAAGGCAAUUGCAGAGGUAUUGAUUAUCGCUUCCUCUGACAAAAGCUGUCAAAAACAAAUAUUAAAGUAUGCUACUGAUUGGCUUGCGAAAAUGGCAAGUCAGACGAAGGUAGAUCCUGAAUUAAAGUCAGCAGCAGGAACAGCAUUGACUAAAUUAAGAGCUCAGUCAGAUGUGAUAUCAGACGAUGCUAGCAAUACACAAACGACACAUCAUUUAGAGGAAGCUAUGCGCAAAAUGAAUAUAACCGAUCAUAGUCUUAUUGAUUCAUUAAAACAAGUUAUUAAAUCAAAGUCACCUGAUACUCAUGUAAUAUUGAAUGCCGUUGAAGGGCUAGCUUAUUCUUCCUUAAAACCAGAGGUUAAAGCCUCUUUAGGAAACGAUGAGGAAUUUUUGAAAAGUCUAUCCACUUUAGCUAUUAGUGCUUCACGUGAAGAAACAACCAAUAAUAAUCCACUUUUGUUUGGUAUUGGUACUAUCUUUGCAAAUUUAACAAUGUAUCGACCUGUAUUGGAUGAGCAGCAAAAACAAAUGAAAAAAUUAAGAGAUCUAGCGAAUGCAAAGCAACGUAAAGCAACAAAAGAGAAUGAAGAAGAUCCUCGUGAAAAUGACAGUGCUGUUGAAGAACGUAUUAAAAAGGCUAUUGCUAAUGGCGUUGCAAUUGCUUUAAUGGUGUUAUCAAAAAAUAAGAGUAUGAAUAUUAGGUUAGUUGCUGCUAAAACCUAUCUUCAACUCGUAACCCCUCAGUCAACACGAGGUCAGUUGUUACAGCAAGGCAUCGUCAAGAGUCUGCUCUCAUUAUCACGUGAUACUACUGAGACUGGUAUAACAGCCUCACAGGCAUUGGCCAAGUUAGCCAUCACCACUGACCCACGCAUAGCCUUUCAAGGAGACACCAUCCUUGAUCUCGUUCGACCUUUCUUAAAUCUAUGUAAAGAUGCCAAUAGUCAGUUGCGACAGUUUGAAGGAUUGAUGGCGCUUACUAACCUAGCAUCUGUUGAUGACCGUGUUCGUCUAAUGAUUGAAAAUGCGGGCGGUGUAGCCAUAUUUGAAAAUUUACAAUUAUCUAAUCAUGAUAUGGUACAACGUGCAGCUACUGAAAUGAUUUGUAACAUGACAUUUUGUGAGCCAGUGUUUGAACUUUAUAGUGAUCCCAACAAGUCACAAAAUCGAAUCCGCUUGUUAAUGAUUCUUUCAGAUCAUGAAGAUCCAGCAACUCGAAGAGCUGCUUCGGGUGCAUUAGCUAUCUUAGCGAACAGUCCAAGUACAUGUGAGAUGAUUUUAAAAGUUGACAAAUGCUAUGAAAGAAUAUCGCGAUGGUUAGAAAUAGAUGAAACGGCCGAUGUACAGCACCGAGGUAUUGAAGUCAUAAGAUGCUUAAUUCAACAUAAAGGCAGCGAUGUUAUUGAUAACCUUGUAAAAGAAAAUAUUGAUAAGAAACUAGUUAUAUUGGUUAAACAAUGUAAGUUACAGAUUGUUCAGUCUGCAGCCAUGGAAGUUUUAAAGUUAUUAAUGUCUCAUGGUGUGCAAAUGAUGAAGGCUUGAAAAAUAAAUAAAUAAAUAAAUAAAACAAAAUAAACAUAUAAACAUUCUGAUACAGCUGAAGAAAAUAGGUC